CUUAUUGAUGUUCCUGACAUGGUGAGAGGUCAAAUGAACUUUAAGAGGCUCACUCUCACAGACAUCAAAAUCGCCAUCAAAAGAGUUCCAAACAAGAAAACUCUUAUUGCUACUAUGGAGGCUGCUGAUGUCAAGAGCAAGUGGGAAAACAGCUCAUGGGGAAGAAAACUCAUUGUUCAAAAGAAGAGAGCCUCACAUAAUGAUUUUGACCGGUUCGGGUCAGCCGUGGGUCGAGUUUCGGGUCAGUGGGUGCGAGUUUGGUUCAACCUGGUUCGGAAGCUUCAGGUCGGCGGCUCAGUCAAACCGGGUCAGAUUCAGAGUUGUUCGGGUCAAGCUUCGGCUCCGUCUCGGUUCGGGUCUUGCGGUUCGGUAGCGAGUUAUUAUUAGGUUAGUUUAGAAUUUAUUUAGUUAACGCGCACCGAGCUCGAACCGAUACAUUAGUUACUUGUU